AUGUGGGUAAUUUUUCUCCAAGGUUUUCAAAAACUCAACCUUUAUAUUUUUAUUGGAACGCGUAUAGGGGAAAUGUAUAAAUGCUUCGAAGAUUCUAAUUGUAUGAAACUGCCCCAGCUACUUAUUGCGGCAAGUAUUAUGCUUCUAGUGACAUUAAUAAUAAUAGCUUGUGAAGUCCUUCUUAAUAGAUCUGAAGAAAGUGGCAUUGUAAAGACCAAGUCACGAAAUAAUAAUGCCCAAGAUGAACACCAAACACCAGCCCAAAGGAUAAUUAGAGCAUUGUUUAGAGUAAUCACAGGCAUGGCAGUAAUAAAAGUUAUAAAGGGUUUGCUCUUUCCAAAUAACAGCAAGCCAGAUGGAGAAAACCCAGAAUCUUUACCAAGCGCUCCACCUCCCUACUCUGCACAUCCUUCACAUCACCUUCAUCAAUUUCCCCCACAUUCCUCGCAUCAACAUUAUAACUUUGGGCAUACAAACCCUCUGGGCUACAACAGUGUUGUGAAUCAAGAACAUGAGAAUUUCAUUAAACGUUAG